GAAGGCCUGUGGAGGGCCAGCCACAGCCCCUGACUGCACUGGGAAUUGAAGCCGUCCACAGCCUGCCUGCACCCUGAUGACUGGAGGAACCCUUGGAGAUGAUUGGCCCUGCUGAACAGAGAGGACCCGACAUCUCAUGGGAAAUCCCAACACAGACACUGUGUGUAAAGGAUUUUUGGACAGAUUUUACAACUCAUUAAAAGAAAAACAUUCUGACUUCACCAUGGCCACCAUAGAGAAAGAACUGGUUAACAGCUGCAUGGAUACAAAAGGAAAAGAACACCGCUUGUGCUAUUACAUUGGGGCAACAAGCGAUGCAGCCACAAAGAUCAUCAGUGAGGUCGGCCGCCCAAUGAGUGCUCAUGUGCCUGUGUCGAAGAUAUGCGAGAAACUGAAGAAGAAUGACAUUCAGAUCUGUGAGCUCAAAUAUGAAAGGAAACUGGACUUAAACUUGGUGGAUCUCUCCAAGAUGAGAGUGGCUGAGCUGAGGAAGAUCCUGGAUAGCUGGGGAGAAGUGUGCAGAGCAUGCAUAGAGAAAACAGACUUUGUGAACUUGAUUAAGGAGCUGGCACCUAAGUAUACGCUUACAAACCCCAAAUCAGACCUUUGAUACUUGUGCCAACCUAGUGCUUGCUAUGGUAGGUCAUCUCUCUGUGCACAAAGAAUGACUGACAAUGGAAUAGCUGGGCUAAAAAACUUAUUAUUUGGUUACAACUCACAAGUGCCAAAAAACGGAGUUAUUAUUAAUAAUUGCUUAUCUAGCACCACAGAAGGGCAUAGUACUUUACAGACAAGACAAGGUCACUGCACCAAGGAACAUAAUAUAUAAGAAUCAAAUUGUAUUUGUAUUGCCAUAGCAAAUAGAGUCCUCAGCCCCACAGUGCUAGCACUGUACACACACAUAACAAAAAAAUGACCCCUGCCCGAGAGAUCUUAUACUUUAAAGUAGAAGAGGAGAGACCAAACCCCAACCCCCUAAACAAACCCCAAACAGACCUUUAGCUAAACCAGUGUAAUGUGUGUAGACAAUCUUAGGGCUUGUACGGCUUUCACCAUAUUGGUUUAAAAACCAUUAAAUAUUAUUGACAAAAUACUAUUAUUUUCCAUGACAUAAUAUAUACAGUUAUAAGCAAUUUGAUAAUAGUAUAACUGCAUCCACAGUAGAGGGUUGCAUCAGUUCAACUACAUUGGUUUCUAAACCAAUCUGUUUAAGUCAAUACACAAACUGUGUGGAGACCAGCCCUUCUGUCUAUUCAAACCUGGCUUGUAUUGGUAUAGUUUGUAAUGUGCAGGUACAACUUGUACAUAAAUAAGCCAUGUUUAAACCAAUGCAGUAAGUCCCUGUGCAGAGGCUUGUACCAGUUGAAUUGAAUUGGUGAAAUUUCUGUAGAAAAUCUUCUUUGCAGCCUCUGCCUCAUUCAUUACACACCUUUUAACUCCUGCAGUGAAUGAGGCAGGGGCCUUACAACCAGCAUUGUGUAGUGAAUGAGGCUGUUAUCUCAUCCACUGUCCAUCUUGUGCAUUUCCAAUCCUAGGUCAACACCUUGAUAUAUUCAGGGAACAGCAAUAUUUUUAUUUAAGGAGUUUGGAAACAGAGAAGUUAGAGGCAGAAAAGGCUAUUUGAUUAUUUAGUGUAUUCCUCCUUCUAGUUGAGGUACUCCAGGGGGUCCAUAGGCCCUGCUGAUUAACUCCUCCCCCUUCCUCCCUCAACUCCUCCCCCUCCCUCCCAGUGCCUCCUGCAUGCCACAGAACAGCUGUUCCUCAGCAUGAAGGAGGCACUGGGAGGGAGGGGAAGGAGUGGAGACAAGACACGCUCAGGAUGUGUGUGGAAAGAGGUGGGGCAGAGGUGGAGUGAGGGUAGGAAGAGGUGGGGCCUUGGAGGAAGGGCUGGAGUUGGGGCAGGGCCUGGGGAUGAGUUAGGGGAAAGGGUUGAGGGUCCAGGAAAAAUUGUAAAUCAAAAUGGGAGUUCUUGGGUUACUAAAGUUUGAGAACCGCUGCUCUAGAACAUUUUAGAAACUUGCAAACAAACCAGCCUACCUUUUUGGUCCAUUAAAACCAAUUCGUUUCUUCUCAGAUAUUGACACUCUUCAAGUAUUUGCAGCUGGCUAGCAUAUCCAACUUAUUUGCUGCUUGGCCACAACAAGUAUAUUUUGCUCUUUUAGGAUGGAAUUUUGGCCCCUAACUCCCUUAGACUCCUUUGAGAAUUCCUCAGUUUCUUAAUUCUCUCACAUAUUUUAUUUGGCCUUCUUUGAAUUCCCUUAAGUUAGUAGAAGCAGCAAAGAAUCCUGUGGCACCUU